UCCAGCAGCACGUUGCUCAGGAAGUCAGUCGGUCGAAAACCACUUCGGUCGUCUCGCGGUCGGAAAGUUGGACGUCGAAAAGGAUCGAUCGACCAAGAUCGUAUUAGCUGGUCCUUGUUCGGGAUCUAUCUGCAAAAGGACCUCAUCAUCGAGGUUCGAUCGACAAAGAUCGUGUCAGCUGGUCCUUGUUCAGGAUUUGUCUCCAAAAGACCCAUCAUCGAGCACCUAUCUCCGAAAGACCCAUCAUAGAGCACCUAUCUCCAAAAGACCCAUCAUCGAGGAUCUAUCUCAAAAGUCCCCAUCAUCGAGGUUCGAUCGACCAAGAUCGUGUCAGCUGGUCCUUGUCUAAGAUUUAACUCCAAAAGACAUAAUCUGGUAUAUGAAAUCUGGGCGAGGAAGAAGGAAGAUCGAGAAAUCGGAUCCUGUGUCCAGGACCUGAGGAAGGAACUUAUCGCUUGAAAUUGGAUCAUCGUCUUCAAACUCUAGGGAGAGUAGGAAAAAUUUCAAAGGAAAAAAUCCAGGGAUCUCGAAGACUCUCGCAGCAUCCAAGAUGGACUCCAAGGUGGUCCAGAAGAAGAAGUCCUGCGCAGGGAGGACCUGUUUGGUGUGGGGCAUGGGCAGCAUGGCGAUCGUCGGGACUGCCAUCCUCGUCGUCUUCUGGUGCACGAACCUCUUCAGGGACGCCAUUCUCUCCGCCCUGGAGCUAAAGAACGGCACCACGACCUACGGCCUCUGGGAAAGACCUCUCGUAAGGGCGGCUUAUCGCAUCAGGAUAUUCAAUUAUACAAACGUAGACGAGUUCGAGAGCGGUCUGGACCCGAAAUUGAAGGUCCAGGAACUUGGGCCCUACAUCUACAGGGAAACCCUGACCAGGGUCAACGUACAAUCCCAUGAGAACGGGACCAUCACCUACCAGGAGAAGAGGGCCUUCCAAUGGGAAGGUGGCAGGCCAGAUGAUGAGAUGAUCAGGGUGCCGAAUGUUCCUCUUUUUACCGCCAUGGCUUUUUCACGGGAUCUCAACUUCAUGGCUCAAGUCACUCUCACCGCCAUUUUGACGACACUUCAGGCCAAGACUUUUGUCACAGUUCCUGCUGGGGGAUUCCUAUGGGGCUAUGACGAUAAGAUCUUCCAAAUGGCCAAGCCGGUCAUGGCUCUGAGACAACCCAUCACUUUCGACAAGUUCGGCAUGCUAGCCUCGAAAGUCGGGGUGUCGAAGGAUCGCAUCAACAUUCGCACCGGUUCUGGAGAUUUGGGAAGUCUCGGGCUGGUCCAAAGAUUGAAUGGAGAUGAGAGACUUCACGUAUGGGAUGACGAACAAUGCGAUACAAUUUUUGGCACAGAUGGGACCAUGUUUCCUCCGCAUCUCAUCAGAGACCCAAAUGCAACAUUGCAUGUCUUCUGCAGGGACAUGUGCAGGACAAUUCCCUUGCAUUACGAAGGUCGCACCAUGGUCCAAGGGAUUCCUACCUUGAGAUACAAACCACCGACGGAUUUGUUCAAUGCUUCCCGGUCUAAGGACUUUUGUUACUGCUCGAAAGUCUCGGAAGGUGCCAUUUUUUCGGACAGGUCCUGCCCGAAGGCAGGGAUUUUCAACGUAUCCUCGUGUCAUUUUGGAACUCCUGUAUUGACAUCUUUCCCACACUUUUAUCUUGGAGAUAAGUCGCUGUUGGAGCAGAUCGAGGGGUUGAAUCCACAACAGGAGUUGCAUGAGACAUACGUCGACCUUCAUCCGCUACUUGCAGUUCCUAUUGGCGGUUGGUCGAGGCUUCAGCUAAAUCUUGAGGCAAGAAAAGCAGUCGGGGUCCCAUUUAUGGGAAAAUUAAAGGACGGCGAAGUCCUUCCUUUAUUCUGGGUCGAAGUUGGCAUAGACAACAUCCCGGAUUCUGUUAUCAGCAUCCUGCAUCAUGCAUAUUUCACCGCAAGUGCAGUCGAAAUUGGAUUCCAGUGGGGCAGUUUAUUUCUAGUUUUGGUGUCGACUUGCUUGUUGUUGUUUACCAUGAAGAAGACGAGGACCGAGCAUCGGAGGAAGCUGAAAAGAAAUAUCUCCGGGGAGAAUAGACUUCUCGAAUGAGGCGAUUAUUAUGAUCACCUCGUGAAAGAGAUCAAUUUUUUAUUACAUGCCCAUGGCCAGGAAGUCUGCAUUAUGGCAGCUUCACUGUCAUCUUGAUACCUUGACUGUCAUUUUGGGAAUUUGACGGUAAUUUUGGUAUCUUAACUGUCAUUUUGACAAUUUAUUCGACGGUUUCGGUACCUUAACUGUCAUGCUGUCAGUGGAGGUGUUAAAGACGUCUAAAGAGCUUUUUUGGACUCACGUUACUAUCUCAGUCUAGGCCCCAAAAGAUUAGGCUUCGAUUUUUUAAAGUCUGAUUAUCGAGGGCCUAUCCAAUUUCCGUACCGGAAUUAAUUUCCGGUAUUCCGACUCAACUUUGAUUAAUUUAUUUUAGUUAAAAGUAUUGGGUUGGAUUACCGAGAUCGAAGUUAAGGGAAAUCGACUAGACCUGAUGAGCUGAUAAAUGUUGAUCUUUUAUCAGGAAAGUUCGCUCCUUUUUCAAGACUGCUCUGUUCUACGAUAAAAUAGUUAUAGUCGCGGUAACUUAUACAGGAUGAAGUACUAUAAAAAGACAGUUACUAAAAUCAUUAAGUUAUACUAGUCGAUAUGAAAAUUGGCGAGGAAAAUCUAACGAUAGAUUAAUAGUCACACCGAGAACGUAAAAUUUCAUUUAACCAAGGUCAUGUUUCUUUGAAUAGUAUCAAAGAAAUAUUUUGUUAAUUCAAAAGAAUAAUUAUUUCACUCAAAUAAACUCGAAUAAAUUGAUUGCAACGUUUCUUCGGAAUUAAGACAACUUAUUUGAGUUCGUUUGUUUUUUUUUGCAGAAUGUCGCAUAAAUUAAAGAAAUGAAAAGAAAAUAGGCAAAGGGCGCGUUUUUGAAAUUCCUCAUUUCAUUUACGUUUCCUUGAACGAAACAAGUAUUAAGCAGUUUUUCAAGAGACGUAUGUGAGCUCUUAAAAAAUUGUAUAACGCCGGUCGAUUGUAAACAGACUUUAUUUUGUCUGCCGAGAUCACACCACGGGAUUAUCAGCGAGCAACGAGCACCGAAAAUUCCCGGAUAAUGACAUUAAUCCCGAUAUGUUUAUGAAUGAGUGUCACCAUAAACAUGAUACCGAAUGUGACCUGAUAAACCAAAAAUCGGUUGGAGGACUCGAAGCGAUAAAAAGUUGUAAUUAAUGAAAAUUAAUGACAUACAACACCGCUCAUGUAUUUUGGGACACUUGGCGGGAUUCUUAGAUUUCGUAAAGAACGAGCCGAAGUCUCGAUAAAGUAAUAAAUAAGUCAGUAAGCAAAUAAAUUAACGGAUAACAAUAUUUAAAAGAUGCGUUCUCGCAAUCUGACACCCUCAAAAGACACUUCCAAAAAAUACGAGCGAUAACGUACAGUAACUUCCCAGUUUCAUUUAAUAUUUUUUACUGCUUCGAAUUCCCUCGAUUAAUGCUAAUCAUUAUCUUGUUUAUAGAGAUGUCAAAGAUCAGCGGUUCAUGAUUUUUAACCAUUAAAAUACUCGAUGUAUAUUUAUAGUUAUAGUCGUUGAUUUUUCAGUGACAGACUGCGAUCAUUUCUUUUUCUCCUUAUUGACAUUUUAUGUAAUAGAAAUGUUAGCGCGUAUCAAUUGAGUGAUCCAAUGUUCUCAGAAAAUUUCCAGGAACAUUUUGGGGAUUAAAUCUCGAGUCGUAGUUGAUAAUCGCCAAUGAAUUAUGUACAUAGCGUAGGAAAAUAAGUCACCGUUACGCAAAUGCGAUUUAUAGCGUGAGAAAUCACUUCUAUCGUAAUGUGCCGAUAAUUACCAGUGAAUACGUAACCGAAGAAUCACUCUCGUUAACGAUGACCCUUCUUAGUCUCUAAUAGGUUUACUCGCAUGUAAAUCCCGGACUUAAACAAACAUCCUUCGUCGAAUCGAAGUCAUCCUAGAUAACCUCUGGCAUUCUUAUAAGCAAUGAUUUUCCGAAGAGCGUGAUAAAAGAAAUAUUUUUUACUCGUUAACGUCAGCAAACUUCUCAGGAAUCUCGGCUCUCCUGCGACCGGCGAAUCCGCCGAUUUCCACCUGGAAAAUAACUAAAAGAAAUAAAACUAUAUUUUUGCAAAA